UUGGUGUGAUACCUUCUUUUUUUUUCAUUUCAAACAACGUUGCGUAAAAGGAAAUGAAAUGAACGCAGAGCGCAUGCGUUUGUUUCUGUUAUCCUAAAUGUCGUAUCGAAUAUUUUGCAAAUAAAUAAUAAAAAAAGAGACGCCUACCUUCAUUGAUAUUCGUCGAUGCGAAGCGGUUGAUCGAUGGGAGACGCAAAUGAAACGACAAAGUUUUUCGUUGUUACCGCGAGAUGUCAGUAGUCUAGGAUGCUAGAGGAGGCAGUGAAACGCCGCGCGCGGCUCGCAUCGUCCGUCAUAGUAAACACAAGUACGAACUUGGACGAUAGGUACCUCGUGCACUGCCACUGGCAGAUACGCGUUUUGACGGGUGUUGAAAGACGACGAAAUAUAAAAACGACAUCAUUUCAAACAAAGUGUUCGAAAGUUUGAUCGUGCUAGGGAUAGGUGAGGGUUAUGAUAUGUGACGGAGGUAAAGAGCGGCGGUGAGGGCAUCGUCGUCGGUGAAGGUAUUGUCAAGACGCUUAAUGUGCGCGGUGCGGGCGCGUGGUACGCUCGAGGCGGCCACAAAUGAAGAAGUGGGAAGCCACGACGAGGGUGGUAGAGAGGGAAGAUGUCGAGUGGCUCGGCCUCGAAACUCGUGAACGGUGAAAACAAGAAGGAGAACGUUCACGGGUACGAGUACGAGAACAAGAAAGAAACCGUGAGCGGCGCUGCUGGCAGCACUGGCUCUUCCAUAGUUCUCACUGGUGAUACUAGUAACGCUACUACUAUCGUUACUGUUCCUGGUACUGGUACUACUGUUCCUAGUAUUACUGGUAACAGUUGUAGUGGUAGUGGUUGUGGUAAUGGUGGUAGUGUUUGUUUCACCGGUAGUGGUAACGGUGACAGUGAUAGUAAUAGCGGUGUUUGCGUUACCGGCUUGACCGUCGGGGGCGUCGUAGGCGUGGAGUUUUGUGACGUUAAUUCCGAUCUGAAAACAGCGGAUAAUCUUGAAGAGGUAGACGAUCAAAGGGAUGUAAACGACGUGACGGAAUUCGGUGAAACCGUAUUUCAGGAUCCAUACACGGGAACGUGUAUCGAGACGCCAGUCGACAGUCUCGCUACUACUACUACCACCACCACCGCCACAACCACCACCACCACCACCAUCACCAUCAUUGAACACGACGAUCGAACAAGUACGACUGUAUCUGCUCCUUGUUACGAAGAAGAUCAGGAAGAGGAUAACGAGGAGGACGACGACAACAUGGUCGCGGCGAUGAACGAACACUUGUCUACUACGUCGGCGACUAGCGGCAUUCGAAGUAGCACAGUUUCGACAACCACUACUACUGGCAACUCGGUUGUAAACCAGAAUAAUAGUUGCUCUCGUAAUGAAUAUCAAAACGUUCAAGAGGAUAGUAAACCAGCCGCUGGAAUACUCAGUUUUCCCUGUGACUUUGACCACAUGUAUGCCAGCAUGACAGACGGUGGAGCUCCGGCAGCCGCCACUGCCACCUCUGCUUUGGGUGUCAGCCCCCUUCGAGGCAACGAACCUCGUCAAAACGAUCUAACAGAGGUUAAACACCUCAAAGAACUUUUGCUUCUUCAUUUGGAUUUGAUUCAACAACAAUCCGAACAAAUUGUCACCAAGGAUAAACUUUUAGCUGCUCUACGACAGGAGAACGAAACGCUUAAAUUGCGUUUGGAGCGUAUGGAUAGACGUGUAAAUUUACAAAAACUACGCUCAGAGAACAGUGAAAAUUCCAUUACGCCAGAACACAUAGGAACGUGUUCUCCUCCGACUGUUAAUUCUGUGAAUGUGCCAUCCACUAGCGAACUUCACAGGAACGUUCAAUCUGAAAAUAAUAAUUCCCAGUAUAACGAAAGUUUUAAAAUACGUUUAAAUACUAGUGGUGGAAUAACGACAGUUAAACAAGAACCAAAUGAGAAUCAAAAUAAGCAUGAGACUAAAAUAGAGACUGGUAACGAUGGUAGGUUAGAUUGGGAGGAGAAGAAGAAAAGAAGAACAGAUCCAAUACCGUUGUCCACUGGAAGCAAAAGAAAAAGAGGUGUUUCGUGUUCGUCUACGAUCAGCAAUGAUACGUCAUCGACGGGACACGAAAAGACAUUAACUCAGGAAACCGGUAGGAAAAGCGAUAGAAAAGGAAAAACGAUAACGAAAAAGGAAUCCUUUCUUACUACAGAAGAACAUUAUUACACCGCUGUUGGUGAUCCAAGUUAUACCUUAAGUUUAAAAGAACCUAAUCCCGUGGAAAGUGAUACUUCAUUGGAAGUUCCAAAUUGGAGGGUGAAAAUAUAUACAAGUUGUUAUACGAUGGAAGGAACCGAAAAUUUGGACGAUGAAAUUUUUAACAAAAGACAUUUAAAAUUAGAAAAUGAUGAAAGGAGAAGAAAAAGAUGGGAUGUACAAAGGAUAAGAGAACAAAGGCACAUUGAAAAGUUGAAACAGAGACAAGAACGUCAAAAUCAUCAAGCUACGUGUUACAACACAAAUCAUACAGGACCUUGUCCAUCAACAGUUGAAGAAGAAACGGUAUCGUCGUUAUGGCCUGAUGUAGAACAAAUUCAAAGUCUUCAAGUGGAUCCCCAUUUACCUGUUACUGCAUUUGGUGCUCCUAUCCCUAGUUUUACUCCGAGCGAAUUUUCUUUACCAUGGUUAAAUAUGACACGAUCAAGUUGUCGACGUCCAAAGCGAUCAACAGGUAGAAGAAAAUCUACUAGGAGAUAAGCUUUUAGAGCGGUGGACAGGACUAUUUUUGUCUCAUAAUUUUUAACCUUUGUCAUAGACUUGCUCCCUUAUACCUUCAUUUUUAUUUUCUAAUAUUAUAUUCUUUUUAUUACGUGAGAUAGGGGCACCAAAGAUAUUUUUAUUACCUUUUUUUAAAAGUGCAGUCCAGGAAAGGUAACUAUAAUCGAUAGGAGUACCUACUACUUUCUUUUUUUUUACUUCUUACGUAUUUGUUGCUACUGAAACUUGAAACUACAGUAGAAAAUAUUCAUCUUGUAAUUUGUCGAGAUCAAUAGGAAUCGUUUUAUUCGUACAACUGUAACAAUGAAUUGUCGCGAUUUGAUAAAAAUAUUGAUUUAUUUAAUUUUAAUCGAUAUUUAUUAAUUAUAUCUGUGAAAUCAGAUUCGAAAUUGUACAAAUUAAAAUAAUCGAUUUAAACUUUCAGAUUAAAUAUAUUUUUUGCAACUAAUCGGAUGAAAUAAUAAAUUUAAUUGAUUAAAUACGUUCUUGAAUAUAUGUUCAAGGAAAUUUCUUACAGAAAAAAAAGCAGUGUACAAUUAAUUCGUAGCCCCUUUUCUUUAGCCUUUAAUUAAUAGAACGGAAAGUUCUUUGUACCUAUGAAAUGAUCCCAUCACUGUUUCCAAAAAGUACCACCGGUACAAAUGUAUUUAUCGUAUUAUAUACUUAUCGUUAAAAAUUAGGAUAUUCUUGAAACGAAUAGUUUAUAAACAAGUUUAACAAGUGAGAAAUUUAAAACCGUAUCAGAUCAGAUCUAAUUAAUUUAAUUUUUUUCUUAUUACAAACGUUAAAUACAUAAGCGUGUUUGAUCUAUUACGGUUUUCAUACCUCUAUAAUGUUUGCAUUACACUUAUUCGUAAAAGUAAUGCAUGCAUUCGAUAAAUCAUCUCGGAUAUAUCGCACUCUUUGUGGACCAUUGUAGUUUAAUAAACAUAAAGUGUGUAAUUAUCUGUAAAAAGUUUAAAAACAUUUAUAGAGAUAACCACUGUCUUCCUAAAACAUGAAAGAUCGUUUAAAAAUUUAGAAUGUUUCGAUGACUGAAAAUAGAAAUUUCGCGAAGUGGAAAAUCCAGUAACUUACGUUGCUUUAAUUCAAGAAUACAGAUAACAUCUGAAACACUUCACGGAUUUUAAUUUAAAUGUAAUAAUUAGAUUAAUGAAUAAGUUAUAUCUAACGUAACAAAUAGUACAUACAUAAUUAUAUCGUCCGCGUUUACACCGUAAUGUUAAAUAUUAUUUCUAUAAUUUGAUAAUUUUUUAUUAAACUUAAAAAAGGAAAGGGGUUACGACAUGCAAUUUUUUUUUUUAUUCAGACAAUUGUUCCAUAAUACUUUUAGGAAGUUGCAGAAUCAUUUCUCCGUUUCUUUUUCAUCUUUUAUCUUCUUUUUUAUAAAUCAUUGCAUUUAAUUGUAAUUCUUAAAAAGAAAAAAAAAUCAAACGAUAAAAUGGACGAACUUUUUAAUUGUAUCAUUUUGUUUUGUAAUGUGCGACAAGUGACGAGGUACUCGAUUCAACCGUCCAUGAGAGGUGUCAGAAUUUCAUGAACCGAAAUACUUGACGUUUAAACACGGUGAAUAUAGUAAUUAUAAUUUGUAAAUAAAGAAACAUCUUUCCACGUAAACAUAA